GAGGAGGUCCUCUUCCGUUGUUUCUCUUUCGGAAGGAAAGCUCAGCGGGAGGAGGACACCUUCGGGGGCUUCCUGGAGGGCGUGGCCUCAGGGCGGUGGGCGUGGCCAUGGAGGACGCCCCUCCGGACAGCCUGGAGGGCUGGGUGGCGGUCAAGGAGGACCCCUUCGGCCCCGCCGAGCCGCCCCACAACCUCCGCUUCCUGGUGGCCUGGAACGGCGUCGAGGGCCAGUUCGCGCUUACCUGCCACAACCGGACGCUGCAGGAGCGAGGGGGACCGGAAGCGGAAGCGGCGGAGGAAGAAGAGCCCACCACCUGGGCCGCUUUGUUUACCCCGCAGGCGCUGAGGGGCCUCCACGGGCAGCUCUCGGCCUUGGCCCCGGCGCUGGAGGCGGCCUUCCCGGAGCUGCCUCAGGCCCUGACCACUUCCCACUGCUCUUCCGCGGCGCCUUGGGCCUUGCUCUUCUUCCCCAGCCGCCCGGCGCUGGGCGAGGCCGAGCUGGAAGCGCUUUGCCGCGGCCUGGAGCGUUACCUGGGCUGGGCCGCCGAGCUGUGCGGGAGGAGGGCCCUGCUAGACGCCCUCUUCGCCCGCGACACCGAGGAGGAGGCGCGCUACUUCGAGGGCCUGGCCGAGCUGCGCAGGAAGGCCCUCAAGGCGGGCCUGGGACGCGCUAAGGAGGCCCUGCGGCAGAUCCUUCAUCGUCACAAAGACACAGACAAGUUGGUGGCCUUAAUGGAACUCUAUCAAGAGGAGGAUGAAGCUUACCUGGAACUCGUGACUGUGGCCACUGAAUUCUACCAAUACUUGUUGCAGCCGUUUAGAGAUAUGCGCGAACUCGCAACCUUAUACAGACGAGAGAUCCUGAAAUCCCUGCAGGCCAAUAAACUGGGGCCUAAAAGAGUAGAAGCCUUACGGAAAGAAGCAGAGGAGUGGGCGAAUCAGGCUGAAGAAGCUGUGAACUCCAUUCAAGACAUCACAGUCAGUUACUUCAAGGAAACCGUGACGGCACUAGCAGCAAUGCAGAAGCAAAUAGAGCAAGACCAGAAGCGGUUUGGCCAAGCUGCCUGGGCAUCAGCUUCUCCAAGGUUAGAAAACCUGAAGUACUUAUUAGCUAAAGAGACCCUUCAAUACAUGAGAGCCAAAGAGCUAUGCCUGAAGCACAGAAGAGCCGACAUCCAGAAGCAGAUGGAAAGUCUGAAUGAGCAAGAAAAUGACGUGGCUCAAGUUGAGGAGCUAGAAAUAGAAUACUACGAAACCCAGCUGGAACUGUAUGAAGUACAAUUUGAGAUCCUGAAGAAUGAAGAGCUACUGCUCACUGCUCAGUUGGAGACAUUAAGGAGGCGGAUGAAAGAGAUUCAAGAUGAAGUAAUUUAUUAUGACACAUGUGAAACUCCUGAUGAGUUAGAAGCCACAGAGCUAGUCCUGGAAGAACCUCACAAACCUUCCUCUGAAAUGGCCCAGUUGAGACAGAAGACCCAGCAGCUGGAGACAAAACGCGGGAUUAUCUGCUCAAGGAGAGCCUAUCUCCGCAACAAAAAGGAUCAGUGUGAAGAGAGCCGCCGGCUGAGGCUCCAGCAGGCAGAGGAUAGUGUUCGGCACUUCCAGCAACAUCACAGCAUCCAGAUUAAAAGAGAGAAGAGGAAAGAAGAUGAGAAAAUGAAGAGGACUUGGAUCAAACAGGAGCGACAGAAAACUCUGGAGAGGCUAAAAACAUUCAAAGAGAAAUGUCCAGCACAGUUUGUGUUGAAGACGUCCCGGCCUUUGAACACCAAACAGCCGCAGAUGGCGUCGCGUCGUUCUCCAGCAGCAUCUCCUCAACCUUUGUUGACAAGCAAAAUGUCUGCCACUAAGCAGCCGAGGGCCUCUCGCCAGGCAAGGGAAGCCAAAGGUUCCAAACCAGCAUGCCAGAAGACGCCAAAAGAGAUUCCCAUCCAAAUUUUUGUACCUCCCAAUAGCCUGGAGAAGCCCAACAAAAGUGAAGGGGCGCCAUCACUGAUGGUCCCACCUCCUCCACCACCCCCUCUGCCGCCACCCCCUCCACCCCUGCCAAGCAUCCCGCCCAUUGUCCCAAAGAGGCCACAAGAGACUUCACUGCCCUCCAGAUGUGAAGAUUCACCUGCAGCAAGUGUUGCCACUAAGGAAGGAAACCAUUUGUCCAGGUGUACAGGAUCCAUGGAUGAAGUUCUGGCUUCACUAAAGCGUGGUGAAGUCCUUCUGCGUAAAGUGGAGCCACCAUCCCAGGCAGCGUCUUCCAGCUCCAGCCUCAACGACAGCAUCCUUGCCGCCAUCAGACAAGGAGUAAAGCUGAGGAAGGUAAGCCAAGAACCCAAGACAGACAUGGAAAAAGGUUCCAGCAAUGAACUGGAGAGAAGCAUAAAGGCAGCCAUCCAGAGAAUAAAGAAAGCAUCAGCCGACUCAGAAGAAGAUGAAAACAAUGAUCAUAACAGUGGUGAAUGGAAUGGCUAACGCAGCGGCUGGAAACUGUUACCUGGACCUUCUCAGAAGUUUAUGGAGGACUUCAUGGGUGAUGCUUAGCAAACCGAGGACAUUCAAGACAGACCCAGCUAGUGUCUAUGAUGGAUAAAGUGACCCAGAGUGCUUUGCAUGCACUGGAGUUUCGGGGGAAGACGUGGAGGGUUGAAAACUACUGAAUUCGAAGAGAUUCAGGUUAACCUGUUUACUGAAAUGCCUUUAUUGAAUUUUGCACAUUUUUAAGGACAAAGUUAUUCUGUUCUAGGAAAGGAAGAGCUGAAUUCAGAAGUAUUAAAACAUGUCUUCCUGUUCUUUUCAGUCAUAUUCAGUGAGUAAUUAAACAGCUCUGUGAGUUUGUCAAAAGUCAUCCACUUUAGACAGUCCUAGGACAAUUAAUUUCCCCUCAAACAUAGGGGAGUACAUAUUAAUUUGGGGAGACCACCACAGUGUGACACAUUUUUACAAAAUGUGUAAGUGCUAAGCACUGAAAGAAUUACUUUCAACAAAAAUGCAAAGUUGCCUUUUGGAUUUCAUUGUGUAGUAUCUCAAAAUAAUACCAUACACUGUGACCAUAAAGUAUGUUUAUAGCAGGCCACCCAAGGCAAUACUCUCCAGAUGAAUGAAAUAACGUGUUGUCGAAGGCUUUCAUGACCGAAAUCACAGGGUUGUUGUGCGUUUUCUGAGCUGUAUGGCCAUGUUCUAGAAGUAUUCUCUCCUGACGUUUUGCCCACCUCUAUGGCAGGCAUCCUCAGAGGUUGUGAGGAAUGAAUAACUCCCAUCAUCCUUAGAAAGUACUGCAUGGGGAUUAUGAGGAAUGUAGUCCAACACUUCUAAACUGGGCUAAGCUAAUGGAUGUUUUGAAGAUUGCUGCCGUUUUCAUGAAUACUUCAUUGACUAUCACAAUAUAUAUAUCAUUUGCUUAAAUUGAAAUGAAUUCUUUCAAUAACACUAUAAACCAAAACAGUUCUGAUGUGUGUAUGUCACCGUUGUUGACUCAGAAAGGAAUUUGAAAGCAGUCUUUAUUCGACUCUGUGUUACUAACCGGUGUUAAUUUUUAUAUACACAUGCUUACUUUUAAUAGUGCUAUAACUGGUUGACUGUGAGAGGAUUGUUCCUCUAUUUAUGUAUUUAUAACACUAUAUGCUUAUAUUGCAGACAUCCCUCUCAAUAAGACAGGUGAAGUUGAAGAAUAAAUUGCUGCUGUCCUUGUUUUCAGAAA